AUGAAUUUUCUCCGUGGAUGUCAGACGACGACGAUAUCACUCAUCGCUGUAAGGGUUGAUGCUGCCAAAGAAGAUGGAUCUUUAGGACGUCUUGUGAAUGAUGAUCACGUGAACCCCAACAGCAAAUUGAAAAUUAUCACAGUGGACAAAAAGCCCCAUUUGUGUUUAUUUGCUAGAAAGGACAUUAGUCCUGGGGAAGAAAUCUGUUAUAACUAUGGGGAUUCUGAAUGGCCAUGGAGACACCAGGUAACUUCGGAGACUGAAGAACCUGCCUCAUUCGUCCGUGGAGAUGGGCAUAAAACAUCACAGCCGGUAACUUCGGAGACUAAAGAACCUGACUCAUUCGUCCGUGGAGAUGGGCGUAAAACAUUACAGCCGGUUACUUCUGAGACUGAAGAACCUGACACAUUCGUCCGUGGAGAUGGGCGUAAAACAUUACAGCCGGUAACUUCGGAGACUAAAGAACCUGACUCAUUCGUCCGUGGAGAUGGGCGUAAAACAUCACAGCCGGUAACUUCUGAGACUGAAGAACCUGCCUCAUUUGUCCGUGGAGAUGGGCGUAAAACAUCACAGCCGGUAACUUCGGAGACUAAAGAACCUGACUCAUUCGUCCGUGGAGAUGGGCGUAAAACAUCACAGCCGGUAACUUCAGAGACUAAAGAACCUGCCUCAUUCGUCCGUGGAGAUGGGCGUAAAACAUUACAGCCGGUAACUUCGGAGACUAAAGAACCUGACUCAUUCGUCCGUGGAGAUGGGCGUAAAACAUCACAGCCGGUAACUUCGGAGACUAAAGAACCUGACUCAUUCGUCCGUGGAGAUGGGCGUAAAACAUCACAGCCGGUAACUUCAGAGACUGAAGAACCUGCCUCAUUUGUCCGUGGAGAUGGGCGUAAAACAUCACAGCCGGUAACUUCGGAGACUAAAGAACCUGACUCAUUCGUCCGUGGAGAUGGGCGUAAAACAUCACAGCCGGUAACUUCGGAGACUAAAGAACCUGACUCAUUCGUCCGUGGAGAUGGGCGUAAAACAUCACAGCCGGUAACUUCGGAGACUAAAGAACCUGACUCAUUCGUCCGUGGAGAUGGGCGUAAAACAUCACAGCCGGUAACUUCGGAGACUAAAGAACCUGCCUCAUUCGUCCGUGGAGAUGGGCGUAAAACAUCACAGCCGGUAACUUCAGAGACUGAAGAACCUGCCUCAUUCGUCCGUGGAGAUGGGCGUAAAACAUCACAGCCGAUUUGCAAACAUGACAUCAUUCUUUCAACCGUGUCAAGCUUGGAUAAUUGUGCCAGCUGUAGUGGGCCGUAUUCUGCAUUAAAAUGGAUUGGUGUAAAGUGUAAGAUUUGCUCAUGUUUCUGGCAUAAAUCUUGCUACAACAAGAAUGUGAUGCCUUACCUUGACUCAUUUGAACCAAAUUCUGAAGAAGAAUUAUUUAAGGAGGACUCAGAUAAGGACUAUGUUCCCAGUAGUUUUUCAGAGGAUUCGGAGUCGGACAUGGUGUCUUUAGAACUAGAGUGCACUAAACCACUCUCCAACAUAGACUGCCAAGAAAGCGUCUUAGUAAAAGAUUCCCUACCUGAAGAUGCAGUCUGCACAGCACAACUGAAAAAGUCAUGCAGGAAAGGCGAGCAGGUACCCAACAAAACAGGGAUUGAUAAUAUAGGGUCUGAGGAUACCACAGAAUGUGGGGAAGGUCCAUCAGUACCAUCCUCUGAAAUAUCCACUUCAGGACAUAAGAAUUACUGUUAUAUUUGUGGAAAGCCCCAAUCGAAAUUCACAAGACACCUAAAAAUUCAUGAAAACACAAAUAUGGAUGUUGCUAGGGCUCUGGCCUUGCCGAAGCAUUCCAAGGAACGUAAGAAACUGCUGGACAAACUAAGAAAUAAAGGAAAUUAUGAACAUAAUGCAAGUGUUUUAGCCAGUGGAUCGGGGCAGUUAAAACUCAAACGUAAACCGAAGAAAAAUUACAAUCCAAAUGAUUAUGUGAAUUGCAUGUAUUGCCAUGCAAUGUUCCUACGCAGAGAAUUGUGGAGACAUGUACGGAACUGUCCUUCUAAGUCAGGGGAUCAGGAACAACCAGGAAGAAAUAAGGUACUGGCUUUAGCGACAAUGUCUGAUUCAGUUCUCUGUCAGCAAAUGUCACAGAGUGUUUGGAAACUCCUAACACCAAUGAAAGAUGAUGACAUCUCUGCUGCUGUGCGGAGUGAUUUCACCAUCCUACAGCUGGCACAAUCAUUUUUCAAUAAACAUGGCCAAGAUCCGUCUAAACAUGAUUACAUUCGGCAGAAGCUAAGAGAGGUUGGAAGACUUUUGUUGGUCCUGAGAAAGCAAUUCUCAUUGCAUACGAUUGAGGAUGCUGUUAAGCCUGCAAAUUUUGAGAUGAUUAUACAGGCUGUCAAAAGAGUAUCUGGGUAUGAUGCAGCAAAACACACUUACCAGACUCCAAGCCUUGCUCUUAAGCUUGGUCACUCUUUGAACAAGUUAUGUGACAUCAUACACUGUAGAGCGUUAAUGGCUGAAGAUGAUGCAAGGAUUAAGUCAACUCAGACUUUCAAAAAGUUGGUUAAUUCGAAAUGGUCGGAACUUGUGUCUCAUGGUGCUUUAACCACUUUACAUGAAGGUCAUUUUAAUAAACCAUCCACCCUUCCGUUUACAGAAGAUGUUCAGCGUCUUCAUCAACAUCUCGAAACAGUCGCUGAUUUAGCUACUGACAACUUGAAGAAGACUGCUUCAACAAAAGUCUAUGGAGAACUGUGCAGAUCGACUCUUGCCAAAAUUAUUCUGUUCAAUCGACGACGUGUAGGAGAAGUUGCAAGGAUGCAAUUAAAAUGUUUCCUGGAGAGGGACACAACUCCUCUUCACAAAGAUGUUGCUGUUGGCCUUACAGCAUUUGAGCAGAAACUUUGCUCACAUUUCAGUAGAGUAGAAAUUAGGGGGAAAAGGGGGCGUAAAGUAGCAAUUUUGCUAUCACCAGACAUGGUCGAUGCUUUAACACUUCUGAUAAGCAAAAGACAAGAGUGUGGAGUUCCACAAGACAAUACAUUUCUUUUUGCAAGACCCAGAUGUUUGACUUCAUAUCGAGGUCAAGACAGUCUACGGAUUUACGCAGAAGAGUGUGGUGCCCAGAACCCUGAGCUCCUCCGGUCAACACAGCUGCGCAAGCAUGUAGCAACAUUAUCACAGGUCCUGAACUUAAAAAACCAUGAGUUGGAUCAAGUGGCAGACUUCUUGGGCCAUGAUAUACGUGUCCACAGGGAAUAUUACAGGCUUCCAGAGGCUACAACCCAGCUGGCAAAAAUUUCUAAACUUCUUCUUGCCAUGGAAAAAGGUUCUCUUACAAGUCUUCAAGGCAAAUCACUUGAAGAAAUUGACAUUGAAGAAACCCUAGACUUAACUGAUUCAAGUGAUGACAGUGAUGCUGAGGAGGCAGAUCAGCUAACACAAAGUGAAAUUGAUGAUGACCCUGCCUUAGAAAGCACAGCUGCAGCUGUUUACCAAAAAAGUAAAAAGAAGAAGAAGUCCAGCGAUAGGAAAGAGCAUGAACAAGCUGCACUAAAGCGAGUUAGGCGACCUGUCGAGGAUCUUCCAGGCACCUCAGAUGAUGAUGACCCUGCCUUAGAAAGCACAGCUGCAGCUGUUUACCAAAAAAGUAAAAAGAAGAAGAAGUCCAGCAAUAGGAAAGAGCAUGAACAAGCUGCACUAAAGCGAUUUAGGGGACCUGUCGAGGAUCUUCCAGGCACCUCAGAUGAUGAUGACCCUGCCUUGGAAAACACAGCUGCAGAUGAUGACCCUGCCUUGGAAAGCACAUCUGCAGCUGUUUACCAAAAAAGUAAAAAGAAGAAGUCCAGCAAUAGGAAAGAGCAUGAACAAGCUGCACUAAAGCGAGUUAGGCGACCUGUCGAGGAUCUUCCAGGCACCUCAGAUGAUGAUGACCCUGCCUUAGAAAGCACAGCUGCAGCUUUUUACCAAAAAAGUAAAAAGAAGAAGUCGUCCAGCAGUAGGGAAGAGAAUGAACAAGCUGUCGUUCCUGUAAAUCCUGCUGAAAAGAAGAAUGCCAGAAGGAAACAAAAACAGCAAUGGUCUCCAACUGAAAUCACAGCAGUAAUGAGACACUUUAAAAAACAUAUUACACAGGGAAAACUUGCUACUAAAAUUGAUUGUCAGCAGUGCAAGAAUGCUGAGCAUCCUGCAUUGGCUAAUCGGUCUUUACAAAAUAUUAGAGACUUCGUAAGAAAUAGGGGUCUGACAGAGAAGAGAAAGAGACAGGCACAAAACAUUUAGUGUUCUGAUGGUGGUAAUUUUGGUUUUAUAUGUAUGAGCAAGGUUAUACAUUGUUAAUUUUAAAGUUCAUUGCUUUGUUAAUUUUAGGUUCAUCAAAGGUAAAUGGUACCUCAAGGCAUUUUUGGUUAUUUUUUAUUUUUUUAUUUGAAAAAGUAAAGUACACAUUAAACUUUGCUACUUGUUACCAUACUUG